GUAUUAUAUAUUUUUGGUUGUGGUUUCUGGGUUGGUUGGUUCUCUCUCGCAUUCAGUUUGGUUGGAACUAUAAAUAAGCAACUUGGAAGCUUAGGGUCCAAUGGAAGUUGUUGAGAGAGAGAGAAAGAGAGGGAGAGAGAGAUAAAGGGGAAGCAUAGUGUUUUCCCCAAACUGGGAAUCAACGGCUUUCCUUCUCUCUAAAUCAAUCAAUCAAUCAAUCAAUCUCUGCAUCUCCCUCUUCUUCAUCGUCUUCAGUGACUCAGAGUCGUAUGGUGUUGUGUUGUAAUGGCGGGCCGUAAAGACAUGGGCAACUACGAGCCUAUCAAAGGAGCCGACGACUGUGAUCUCCCCAAUGACACUGCUAUUCUCAUUAAUCCCGAUUCCCUCACUCUCAUCUCGCUCUCCAAGCGCUCUAAUCCCACUGAUGAAGAUGUUGAGAUGGCUCUUCGUGAUUCCCAUUCCACAUCUCCUCUUCCUCUUCACAAUGCCACUUCUCUCACUCCUGCCGUUUCCUCCAAAAUCGACGACCCUCAAUUUUCCUCCUCUGCUUCGACCCUUCACCAUCGCCACCGUCUUGUUUCGCUCGAUGUAUUUCGCGGCAUCACUGUUGCGCUAAUGAUAGUGGUGGACUAUGCUGGUGGGGUUAUGCCUGCAAUAAAUCAUUCACCAUGGAAUGGGUUAACACUGGCAGAUCUUGUGAUGCCAUUUUUCCUUUUCAUUGUUGGAGUUUCACUUGCCCUUGCUUACAAGAAAAUUCCAAGCCGAGGCAUUGCAACUCAGAAGGCUGUGUUACGGACGUUGAAGCUUCUGUUCUUAGGCCUCUUUCUUCAAGGUGGGUUUUUCCAUGGCCUAAACACUUUAACUUAUGGAGUGGAUAUACAGCAAAUUAGAUGGAUGGGUAUCUUACAGAGAAUUGCAAUAGCAUAUUUUCUUGCAGCACUGUGUGAGAUAUGGCUAAAGGGCAGUGAUUAUGUGAAUUCAGAAACUGCAUUGCGGAGAAAGUAUCAAUUACAGCUGAUUGUGGCCGUCAUCCUCACCACGUUAUAUCUUGUCCUGUUAUAUGGAAUGUACGUUCCUGAUUGGGAGUAUCAAGUUUCAAGUCAAACUGUCUCCCAUGUGGCUUCUCCAAACAUAUUUUCUGUGAAAUGUGGCACACGCGGUGACACUGGACCAGCCUGCAAUGCUGUGGGAAUGAUAGAUCGUAAGAUAUUUGGUAUUCAACAUCUGUAUAAAAGACCUAUUUAUGCACGGUCUAAGCAAUGCAGCAUUAAUUCACCAGACAAUGGUCCAUUGCCUCCUGAUGCUCCUUCCUGGUGUCAAGCUCCUUUUGAUCCCGAAGGGCUUUUAAGCACAGUGAUGGCUGUUGUAACCUGCUUGGUUGGCUUACAUUAUGGGCACAUCAUUGUCCAUUUCAAAGAUCACCGAGAUAGAAUGCUUCAUUGGAUCAUCCCCUCAUCGUGUCUGAUUGUGCUGGCCAUUGGCUUAGACUUCUUAGGGAUGCAUAUAAAUAAGGUUCUUUAUACGGUUAGUUACAUGAGUGUCACUGCUGGUGCAGCCGGUCUUCUCUUCACCGGGAUAUACUUGAUGGUUGAUGUGUACAGAUGGAGGCGCAUGACUGUGGUGAUGGAGUGGAUGGGAAAGCAUGCAUUGGUUAUAUACACACUCGCAGCCUGCAAUGUGCUGCCUGUGGUUAUCCAAGGCUUCUAUUGGGGGCAGCCUCAGAACAACAUCCUGAGGCUAAUUGGAAUUCCAACGUGAAAGUGGUGUUGUGGAGAAAGAUAGAGAUGUGUUUUGAGAGUCCAAAUGCUCUGCUCUGAUACAAAGGUCUGUCCAUCCUUUGGAAUAUAUAUAUAUUUAUAGGUAAGCCCCCAUGAUGAUGUAUGAUAUCCAUUGGGGUUGAUUGGUAUUUUCUAUUGAAAAAGAGGAAGGAAUAAUAGUAUAGAGGGAUGUAUAUGGCUGCUGGUUCGAUCACUCGUUCAGCUCGUCCGGAAGUGGAGAUUAGUUUAGUUUUUAGUUUAGUUUAGUUGUGUAAAAUAUUUAGAAGGCAUGGAAUGGAAGUUAUAGAUUAUUUGGUUGAAAACUGGGUGGCAUCUUUAGAAGAGAUGAUGGAAUUGAUGAUGAGCUUAUUGUUUCCUCCUCGAUGUAUGCAGCAAAGUUAUACAAUGAUGAGAUGAUAUCAUUGAUUGAUUGAUUGAUUGAUUGAAUGGAUGAUAUUCUCUUCUACUUUUC